AUGCCAUCGGCCACAGAGGCUUCCCAGGCUCGCGAGCAGCAGGGCCAGCCCGAGGAGGUGUGGCUCCAGGAGGAUGGCGACGGCGCAGGCUGGCAGUGGAUGUGGGCAGAUGCUUGCAUCUAUAACGAUUAUUGGGGCAUUGGCCGGAAGCUUGCCUCCAUUGACCCGUUGAGGUGGAGUCCCAGAAUGGACAGGGAGGCCCUUCUCCAAGCUUUGGAGAACGAGAAGAAAAAGGGGGUGAAAAAGCCUGUCAACUUGGGGUGGCACAAACGUGGCAAGUGGAACAACGAAGGAAGGUUUGACAGCCCUGCGCACGCCAUCAUCUUCUUGGGGGAGCAGGCAGCGGACGAGCAGGAGCUGCAGCAGGCUCGGAAGCGACUCUCCCGCUUCCCGGAGUCUGAGGUGAAAGAGGCGCUAAAGGCUUGUGCAAACGAUCCACAACUAGCCUGCCAUCAGCUUCUCCAAGAAUUGGCACCAGACCUGCGUCAUCAGAGUGAGAAAUGGUUCCUGCAUUUCGACCUGGACAAAGAUGGAUCGCUACUCCGGGUAGCAGAGGCGGUGGAGCUCAGCUUUGAUGGAACAGACACAAAGGCGAUCUUGCAGGACCUCUACUCGCUGAUUCUUGGCUCAGCUCGGAACAUGUUUUGGGACCUGUUGCGCUUGCUCUACGGCUAG